CCAGGAUUAUUAGUCAACUCUUCCCCCCAAUUCUCCCUAACAUCCGCCUUUCCAAUGGAUUUCAUGUUGCAGAGAUCUCCACAAGGGCCACACGAAUCCGGGAGACCAGGGAAACGUCGCCGCACGGCAGUAGCCUGCGAGGAAUGUCGUGAGAAGAAGCGCAAGUGUGACGGUGUUAAGCCAACAUGUGGCACAUGCACCAGCCGGCUUUCCCGGCGCUGUAUCUGGAGGGAGGAGCGCAACAGCAAGGGGUGGUACAGGGACAGCUAUGUCGACGGGUUGAAGAUCCGCAUCAGGGAACUGGAAGAGGCGCAGGCACGGGCCGCGGGGACGAAUGCGUUGAACAACAAUGACACACUGACAACAUCUCCUCCACAGCCGGCAAAUUGGGAAUCCCAGUCAAGACCGAGUGUUCAGAACGUGGAAACCCCGCAUAAAAACCUGCGGACCGACCGCAUUUCAAUCAGAAGUCUUACAACGGCCCGUGAUGGUACUCAGUCAGCAUCACAUGCUCCGUUCUCAAUGAAUGAGCAUAGAGGACAUGGGUCACCCGGUACAGCUUUUCAGCAUGUUAGGAGAAACACCUUUGACUCGGAAAGCACUGAAUCGGGAGUGGACGCUAUGGGCAUCGUUAGCUCGAUCAAUGGCAUUACUGAUCCGCAUGCUCGACCACCAUCCGCCUACUUUGGACCCUCAAGCACCGUCAAUCUUCUAGGCGAGGCUCGUACUGCCAUGUGUCGAAGGCCUUGUGGUCACGAGCCUCUAAUAUCGGACGGGUCGGACCCCUGUACCAUUUGCCUAAAAGAAGCCACCUCCUUCGCUGGGUCCGGUAGUGGUGGGCGUAAUGCCAUGUUCGGGUUUAGUGUUCCACCACGUCCAGAGGCUGAUAGUCUCAUUGCCAGUUAUUGGGGCUGGGUUCACUCACUGUAUCCAUUCCUGCAUCAGCCAUCCUUUGAGAAACGCUAUCUCACAGUCUGGAACCCACAAAACGAAUCGGAAAGUCGAUAUCGCAGUGCCUCCCAGAGACUUGGGUGUUACGACACUCUUGACGACAAGUUAUUUUACUGCCUGCUUAAUAUUGUUUUCGCUUUGGGGGCUCUUUUCAAUCCAAAAAUUGAUCCACAUGACCGCGAUCGGUUGAGCAGACCCUUUUUUGAGCGCUCAAAGGCCCUCCUUGACUUCGACCUGUUGGCACAAGGUAGCUUGCCUCUCGUCCAAACGCUGCUGUUGAUGGGCCAGUAUCUCCAAAGCACCGAUAUGUCGAGCUCGUGUUGGAACAUUGUCGGACUAGCAAUUCGUGUAGCACAAGGCAUUGGCUUGCAUCACGAAAAGCGGGGAUAUGUCCAGGGCGGCCGCCAACAGCGGGUUGACCAAGUUGACACUGAAAUGCGGAAGAGAGCAUGGACUGGAUGUGUUUUUCUCGAUCGGGUUCUCUCUCUGGCAUACGGACGCCCAUUGAUGAUUCAUCUGACGAAGUCACAGAAUCAACUCCCCCUCCCCUCCGCAAUAGAUGAUGAAUUUCUCACCCGAUUUCCCGAGGCACCUGGAUCACAGCCAGAGUAUCCCCCUAGCAAAAUAGACUGCUAUGUUCAGGCCGUAAAACUGAAGGAAAUCCUGGGUCAGGUCCUUACCACGGUCUACAAUGGUGGCUCAGACACUGAGCAAGAGGAUCCUGCGGACGCCGGUAUUGGGAGUCACUGCAGACCGGCCUCGCCAAAAGUGAGGUCUAUUAAAGACGAUGAUCUCCAGGCAAUCCUAAAUGUAGAUGGCCUACUCACUACAUGGCGCAAUGAGCUUCCAGUACACUUGAGAGUGGAGAUGUACAAAGACGAACCUGUCGCUCCCAAUCCAACCAUACUCGAGGGUCAUUUAAUGUUUCGCAGACAAGGGAUAGUACUUGAAGCAAGAUAUCUACACGUUCGACUUGUUAUGCUCAGGCCAGUUUUGUCCGUACUCAGCGGUCUGGCCAGCGACUCUAGUAAGGCAUUGCAAGACAAUGAGUCAUUCAAUACGAACAUGCGACAAGGCAUGCUCGUCAAGGCGGCCAACUUGUGUGUAUCCGUUGCCCAAGAGCUUGUCAACCUCAUCACUGUCAACCUGAACGCGGAAUGCGACUUGCUACCAGCACCUUGGUAUAACGUAUUCUGUGCGUUUUAUAUACAUAGUUGCGCCCUUGUCCUCAUCCUCGGGCUACUUUGCUCACCAGAAUAUAUCAAAUCUGUCGACGAAAGCUCACUCACAAGUAGCUGGAAUCGUUGUUUAGAUUUCCUACGGGAGUAUAGCCCUAGGAGUCGGUCGGCACGUCAGUGCAGCAAGAUACUCGAAUCAGUCGAGCGAGAGGUUUUUAGCUACCGAAACGGUGAUAGUCAGUUUGGCAACCGAGCCAUUAUCCAGACUGGAGAAGAUUUGAAUCAUGAGAAUGUGUCUGGGGGGAAUCUAAAUGCCGAACAUUCCUCACACGGCGACGAAUUUCCCUCCUUGCACCUCUUUCAAGACGACUCUUUUGGACUUGAUCAGGUAUAUAAUCCUUUGAUGAAUGAUUCAUCAGGGGUGACCUGGCUUUCGCUUGCUCCUUUUCUUGACAGCAUGGAAGACUUUGGUGAAUGAGGUCAUCUUAAUGAGAAUAAAAGUUGCACUCUCUCCUGUCUCGUACGAAAUGUCUACUUGGAUCAUGAGUUUCAGAUUCCACCUAUCUUUUUAGAUGUAUAGAGGAGUCAUGGG